CUUCUCUUCUCUUUGCUUCCGCGUUGGGAUCAACCGUCUGUUUUGUCACGAAACUGUGUCGUUCCCCCGAUAAACGGCACUAUCGACCCGCUUGUCAGAAACGGACGGUUAACUGCGGCCAUGUACAGCGAGAUUUCAUACGAUGUGCAGCAAGUGCAUAAGGAGGCUUUGAGAAACACUGUCCUGAGCUCAACUCUGCCCAGUUCUCUGUUGGGAGGUCAGCCCGUGUCAGAGGUGAUCCAGAGAGGCCACUACACGCCGCUGUCAGCGAGUGCGUACAAGGUCAUCAGUGGAUUUGUUAAGAGAGGAGACCGGGAAGCUUUAGAGGAUGUCAUAUCUCAGGAGUUUUCCCCAGGAUCUGAAGGCCGUAGACUGGUUCUUUAUGGUGAUGCCGGAAUGGGCAAGACUACAGCUGUGGAGAAGAUCAUGUGGGAUUGGACGUCAGGCACGCGUCUGCAACAUUACACGCUCCUCAUGCGAAUUCCUGUUCGGGAGCUGGCGGCUCUUGGAGGGAAAGCAGAGAGUUUGCGAAGCAUGCUGGGCCGCAUGCACACUCACAUCUCCACAGAGACUCUCGCUGGAGCUCUGCAGAGGCCUCAGUCUCUUCUUCUUGCGCUUGACGGACUGGAGCAACUGCAGCACCUUCCGUGCACUCCAUCGUCCUCACCCAGCCUCGUAUGCGACGUACAACAAGAAGCCACCGGCUCCGUCUUGCUGUACAGUCUGCUUCACGGAUCUCUCCUCGCUGAAGCUUCAAUGCUGAUCACGUCGCGAAAGCCGUUCGAGCCCUUGAGUUGUUUUGAGGUGGUCGGGUUCUCCCAGACCCAAAGGAGAACGUUCUUUCGGUGCUUCUUCGGCGACGAAGGCCAAGCAGAGAGACUUUAUCGCCAGUGUGAGCAGUCGUUGGGAGUAUACGAGCAGUGUUUUCAUCCGGCCUUCUGCUGGACGCUUUGCAACGUGUUACAAACUCAGUCAGAGAGUAAAAACGCCCCUCCUGAGACUCUUACUCACCUGCUCGGCGUUAUCACGCACAUGCUCCUGCAGAAACAGAAGAUGCAUGCAGAGCAAAGCAGAGUACUUGUGUCCUGUUUGGGACAACUAACCAGUCUGGUUUGCUCCAACAGCGACGUCACAUCCUGCGGCCUGCGUUCUUUUCUGCACCACCCCGUGCUUUCUGCUUUCUUGCGCAUCAACGGUGAUGCCACUUCCCCUGAUUCCACAUUCUCCUUCCUGUCUCCAGUGAUGCACGAGUUCCUAUCAGCCGCCUCCUUUUAUCUCGACCAAUCCGUGCAGGAGAUCUCGGACAAGCGCUCGGGUCUGUACCACACAUUUCUAGCAGGACUGUCGGACUCCGUCCAGCGUAAACCGAUAGAAGACUCCGUGGGAAAGUUCAAUGAAAGCCGAAUAUCUGCGUUCUCUCAGUGGAUGGUGGGAAAUGUUUCUAGGGUGUUGCCAGGUAUUGAUGCAACAACGCACUUUGGUGUUUUUCGGCUUCUGCAUCAUGCGCGUAACUCAUCUCUGGUCAAAGAAAGCAUUCUUAAGGCCCAGUGGAGGCUUGUGUCGUACAGCUCCAUGCAGGAGGCCGACUGCGCUGCGCUGUCUUAUGUAGUGAGUUGCGUCGGAGAGAUGGAGCACAUGAACCUGUACGGAGCAGAACUAACAGACGAACAGGUCAGGAGACUAAUACCAGCGUUACGGCUGUCGAAAAGCAUUGGUCUGUCACAGAGUCGUCUCGGUUUGCCUGCCAUCACCCACCUGUUCACAGCACUGGCUGAGGGACGGACUGUAACGCUGGAUCUUUCACACGCCAAGUUGGAAAAAGACUGGGUCAAAACCGUCUGCCACGGACUCACACUCUCCACUCUGGAGUCUCUCAAUUUGUGUGGAUGCUCAUUGGCUGCAGCUGACUGCGAGGCCCUGGCUCAGAUGCUCUCCGGAGGCUCACGACUGCAUGUGCUCAAUCUGCGUGGGACUUAUAUAGAGGAUCAAGGCCUUAUUCUUUUCAUCAGUGCACUGGAGAACUGCAGACUACUGGAAAUCGAUCUGUCCUUGUGUUCACUGACGACAGCAUCCAUCCCUGCGCUGUCUUCGGCUCUGAACAGCGGUUUUUCAGAGCUGAGGAAGCUAAAUCUGAGACAGAACAAAGUGACGGACGAUUGGAUGGAGCUGAUGUCGAAAUUUAUAAAGAAAGGCCGUCUCAACACAUUGAAUAUGUCUAGCUGUGAGUUGACCGGGUCCUGCUGCUCUUCUCUGGCAGCUGCCCUCCAAUCAGAAACCUGCCGUCUGACUGAGCUGGAUCUGUCCGUAAAUGACCUCGGCCAAUCAGGAGCGAUGCAGAUAUGCGAUGCACUCAUGGCUCCUACGUGCACACUGGAAAUACUGAAAAUGAGCAGAUGCGAGCUGACCGAGGAGGUGUUUCGAGCGCUGGGGAGUGUUUUGACGUCUGGCGUGUCAAAGCUCGUCAGUCUCUCGGUAGCAGUGAACGAUGUGGGCGACGCCGGAGCCAAACACAUUUUGGAGGCGCUGAGGCACAAACACUGCAAACUGCAGCACCUGAAUUUGGAGAUGGUGUCGCUCACAGACGCUUGCGUUGAGGUGUUAUGUCAGUCCGUUGCUGCUUGUAACACUUUAUCGACUCUGAUCCUAAAGAACAACGUAAUGACGGACUCCUCCGUACCAAGAUUGGUUAAAUUAAUGCAGGGACGCCCGCUAAUGACCGAGCUGAAUCUGAAGUAUAAUGACUUCAGUGAAGAUGUUAUUGAGUUGAUGGACACGUGCCCAAAUAUCAUUUAUUAAAGAAAUGCAUCUCA